GUUACAGUAUGAAGACAUAAAAUAAUUAUAAAAUGGAGCGGGAAUUAAAACAGGAGGCGUCAAGAAAAAAUGAAUUGAAACAACCGCCGACUGGAUAUAAUCAGUUAGAGAACUUAGACGUCAAAGAAGGGGCAGAUUCUAAGAAUGGAGAAAUGAAACAAGCAGGUAUUUUACAAGUAAGAGAUCAAGAAAUAAAAGAGGAUAGUUGCACUUCAGAAUAUGAAACUAAAGAAGUGAUGAAUGAAAUAGAUGAUGAUGUAAAACAAUCCCUAAACGCAAUAGACCGUGAAAUGAAACAAGGUAUUGAAAUAAAACAAGGGGCUAUAGCAAGCCUUGCUGGAGACUGUCCUAAAAUUAAUCUACCUCCAAGAUCGGCAAUCAUUCCAACAAUCAAACAACGUCCUGACCCACGCUCCGAGCCUCGUGCUGAACCUCGCCUUGAGCCAUAUUCUGAGACAAAUUUUGACCAACAUUCUGAGGCAAUUUUUGAGCCACAUUCUGAACCAGUGAUCGAACCAUGCUUGGAACCUCGUCUGGAACCACGUCCUAAACUGCGUCUUGAGCCACGUCCUGAGCCAAGUCUGGAGCCACGUCCUGAGCCAAGUUUUGAGCCAUGUCAGCCAUGUCUUGAGCUCCGCCCUGAGCCACGUCCAAAAUUGCGUCUUGAGCCACGUCCAGAACCUAGUCUUGAACCUCACUAUGAAUUGUUCAAAGAAACAUUACGGACACGAACAUUAUCAUUAGACGAUAAAGACAGCAAGGAAGAGGGUCUCGGAAAAAAUGUCCAUGUUACCCAAGUGAGUAAGAUGCAAUGUCGAGUGACGAAAGUAUUAUCUGUACCUGUGAACAUAGAUGGCACUCAGGUCAGCGGGAAGAAACAUUUAACAUCACCCUUGGAGUCAUCAGUAUUGAACAGUAGAAAAAGUGCACAAAUGAAUCACAGCAGCAUUCCAGCCAAAACUAUCGAAAGACCUCUGUCUCCAUCUGUCCAAAGUGCUCCAGAAAUGAACACACAUAGUAUUAGCAAACAUAGUAGGCCAACCCCAAUAGUAAUACACCCACAGUCUGACUACAACUCAUCCACAGAGAAAUUCCAACCUUUCAGUGCUUCUUACUUGGAGAAAUCUCAUUUCUCAACAGUUCUUGAUGCUGAACGAUCACAUUCAACAGGGGCAAUACGAACCUCGGGCUACAUCUCUCAAAGUCUGGGAUCUCCAACCAGCUUAUCAUACCUCGAAAAUUCUGAUAACUUACACCCGUUCAGUGCAGCAUUCCAUAAAACAUUCACGAAACAAGAUACAAAAAUCCCAGAUGUAUUUAUUAAUAAAGAUGAUGAUGAUGACGUUGCUGGCUUCACAGAAGAAAUGCUUCCGCAAUCAACGACUCAGAAGCUGUCAGUCUCAUUAAGGGUUGAGUCGGGGGUGUCGCAAGACUUCGACGAUGACUCUGAUGAAGGUGCCAGUGAGAUGAGAAUGAGAUCUUGGUCAGAAGGCCACCAGAGCCGUGUAGCUCGCACUGACCAUCGUAAGAGCUAUGACAGUUGCCGUUUAUCUUACUUAGGGGCCAUGGGGGAUGAGAAGCCGGUAUUGCCAGGGGUGACAGUCAAAGCAGCCCCCACCCAUCAGCUUGCCCAACUGAGCUUAGACUGCUUUGGUGAUGAGGGCGAACUGGCUGACAGCUCAGAUUUUCCACGUGUCCUGUUCCUAAUGCACAAAUGGUUUAUGACAUCAGAGGACCUGGCCCAGCAGUAUAUCAAUCUGUUUAACAGUGGUACAAAAUUUGUGACGUGUCCCACAAACUGUGAUCACGAUGUACGCAAUGAUCAAUGCCCCUUGAAUAUCUUCAAAUUAAGGAUCUGCCAUGCAUUAAGUUAUUGGAUUAUGACAUUCCCUGUCCACUUCGACCUUGAUGGUAACCUUAGCAACAUAUUGACCAAUUUUAAAAAUACUUUGACCAGUCAGGGAUACAAACUGUUGGCUGAACUUGUAGAUACAUCCAGAGUGCCAUCAUAUGAUUGGAUAAGAGCAGUUUCAGUGCGGAAUCCAAUGAAUCUGAGAAGGUCUCAAAAAGUGACGUUAGAGUUCAAUCAUCUUCAGCCCAAUGACUUAGCAGAGCAAUUGACAUUCCUAGAAUAUAAAGCCCUAAGACGAAUCACAUUCACCGACUUUAAGAACUAUGCAGUCCGUGUAUCACUGAAGGAUAAUCCAAAGUUGGAGCGUUCCAUAUCCCUGUUCAAUGGUCUCUCUCAGUGGAUACAAUGUAUGGUCCUUAGUAAGACUACCCCUCAACAGAGGGCUGAUAUCAUUGUCAAGUUUAUCAAUGUGGCAAAGAGAUUACGUGAACUGCAGAAUUUCAAUACAAUGAUGGCAGUGGUUGGGGGCCUGACACACAGCGCUCUGGCCAGAUUGGCUAAAACCAUGGCAUGUUUACCUUCAGAUGCUCAAAAGAUUUUACUGGAAUAUUCCGAAGUAUUAUCAUCCAACAAUAAUUUCAGUAACUACCGCCGUGUUUAUGGCCAGUGUAAAGGAUUCAGGAUUCCAAUUUUAGGGGUACACCUGAAAGACUUGAUCCUACUUCAUACAGCAUUACCUGAUUGGAUAGAGCCAAAUAUGCUGAAUUUCCGCAAGAUGGUUCAAAUGUCCGUCAUCUUCACUGAACUGAUGCACCUGCAGAACACCAGUGUUCCCAUAGAGGCCAACAUGGACCUGGUUAAUACACUAAGGUUAUCUCUGGACAUGCAUUAUACAGAGGAUGAUAUUUAUGAGCUAUCACUUGCUAGAGAGCCAAGAAAUUCAUUGUCUUCCCCAAGCACUCCUACAAAGCCAGUCGUAUUUGCAGACUGGAUUGCCGGAGUAAGCCCCCCAGAUACUGAGAUAAUCAACAAACAUGUUCACGACAUGGUCGAAGCUGUCUUUAAGAACUACGACCAUGAUAGAGAUGGUUUCAUUUCACACGCUGAGUUUGAAGCAAUUGCUGGCAAUUUCCCAUUUAUAGACUCUUUCUGUGUGCUGGAUGCAGACCAAGAUGGUAUGAUAAGCAAGGCAGAGAUGAAGACUUAUUUUAUACGUGCCAACUGCCAUGCAGUGAAAAGUUCAUUUAAGCAUGACUUCCACGAAUUCACCUAUUUUAAGCCAACAUUCUGUAUACACUGCACUGGCCUGCUAUGGGGUCUCAUAAAGCAGGGCUGGAAAUGCAAGGAGUGUGGGAUAAAUGCUCACAAACACUGCAAGGAUUUAGUCGUCAUGGAAUGCAGGCAUAAAGCACACUCCGGGGUCCUCUCCAGAAAUUCAAUAAGUACAGGUCAACACAACAUCACUGCGUCCUCCAAACGUAAAAUGUCUCAACGCCAAAAAAGGUCAAGGUCACACAAGGGGGUGCAGACGGAUGAGACAUUGGUAGGGAGCCCCAACCUUGCUGGCUCUCAGUCAGAAUGUAAGGAGACUGAGGAGGUGCUCAGUAGUAACAAUUUGAAUAAUGCUGAUACAGAAUUCUUUGAGGAUCAACAUGUGGUAUAUGACCGCAUGUUGAAGGCAGAAGAGGAAAGAGAUAAGAUGAUCGCAGAUAAGAAUCAACUUCAGAGUAAGCUGAAUGAGGCGAAUGACCAGAUAUCCACGCUGAAGGGUCAUAUUGGUACAAUACGCCAACACACUGUAACUUUUAUACUUGAUCAGAUGGAUACAUUACACAUGCAGCGUGAUACAGAGGUGUAAUCCAGCAGAGAUGCUAUUAGUGUAAUCCAGCAGAACUUCACAACAAUGUGGGAGUUAUGAUAUUAGAGGAUAAAAUAUGAAUGUACUUAUUGUACAUGCAAUCAACUCAUCAGUCAGAAGUUUUAUAAUUAUAACAAACUAUAUGCUAUAUAUUUCAUAGCGAAAACUUUUCCGACCAAUAGUAUGUGCUGCACUCUGUUGGUCAAAGAAGGAGGGAUAAAUGCCCCCUGGAACCGAAAGGUUCAUAUAGUUGCUAAAUGAUAUACAGGCUAACAUUGGAGGUUCAGUAUAAGCUAAGAUAGAGUCUGUUGAGACCUAUGGGAUAAUUAUCCAUUAAGCUAAAUAUUCACUCAGAUAGAGCUCUGUUAGGGCACAACUCAAAUGGAAACAUACAUCAAUCAGUGGACCAGAACCCUCCAGUAACCAAAGAUGAAAAAUGGUGCAAGUGUUUGCUACAAGUACAUACAUGGUAGUGUUUGCUACAAUAGAAAAAGUGUUUGCUACAAGUAUGUACAUGUUUGCUUCAAGUAAAUAAGUGUUUGCUACAAAUAGAGAAAGUGUUUACAACAAGUAAAUAGAACUAAGAGUUUACUUCAAGUAGGUAAAGUUCUAUAAGUAGAUACAUGUUUGCUACAAAUAAAUAAUUGUUUGCUACAAUUG